GUUUUUUUUUUUUAAUGACGGUGUGCUGUUGCUUGCACAAUUACCGUUUCCGUCACUUUGACUUGCGAUUCGUAAGCGCGGAGUACACGCUUUUUGUUAUCGGCUUUUGGAGGAACACCAUCAAUAUAUCUUUGCAAACUAUUGAUUGAUAUAGACAUAUAUAGUAAAUAUAGGCAGAUGUGGAUUUCGGGGUGAAGUACAAGGUGUACUUGUAGAGGUUAGACUCAGAAGUUUCACUCGAGGCCCAGCGCUACGAAAAGUUUGUUGUUGUCACGUGACUCAACACUAAUGUGGCGAUAAAAGUUAUAGAUUGUAGAGCUAAGUACCGCCUUACUUUUAUUCUUAUCAAACUCAGCCGUUGUUUUUCCAUCACAAUGCCUCAGCCCAAGUAUAGAAAAAUCGCUGUGAUAGGAUACAGGUCUGUAGGAAAAUCCUCUCUGACAAUACAGUUUGUGGAAGGACAGUUUGUUGACUCCUAUGACCCAACUAUUGAAAACACCUUUAAUAAACUCGUCAAUGUACAUGGUCAAGACUUUAAUCUUCAACUGGUUGACACAGCUGGACAAGAUGAAUACUCAAUUUUCCCACAAUCUCACUCAAUGGACAUUCAUGGCUAUGUCCUUGUGUAUUCAGUGACUUCAAUGAAAAGUUUUGAGGUUGUUCAAUCACUACAUGACAAGCUGCUAGACAUGGUUGGAAAAAUUCAAGUCCCAACUGUCCUUGUCGGGAACAAAAAAGAUUUACACAUGGAAAGAGUAAUCAAACCUGAGGAGGGAAAGAAACUUGCUGAUUCAUGGGGAGCUGCUUUUAUGGAAUCAUCAGCUAAGGAAAAUGAGACCGCAGUGGAGGUUUUCAAACGGAUUAUUUUAGAGAUGGAGAAGGCGGAUGGAAAUGCGCCCCCAGAGGAGAAGAAAUGUGUUGUCAUGUAAAUGCCCAAAUCCCAGAUAUCCUCAGGUUAAUUUCUGUUGGAGACAAGAGACACAACGUCACCGCAAUGCAAUAUCUGACCUCACAGACCCCCAAAUGCUGCAGAAAACUAUACUACAUCCUUUUAGUUCUAAUCCCUAAAACCCUAAAAAUCCCUUAAAUUGUCACAAUCAAGUUAAUAGUUGUUUUGUAGUGAAAGAAAACAAAUGGGUAUAAAAUUUGGUUAGGGAUUUUGACUACCAGCCAUCAUUUUGUCCACAUGCCAUACAUUUUAAAACAAAGUAGAAAAUCUAAUUGACAGUGAUAUGAAGUCACAUUGCAUAAAUGUGUUAUCAAAUGUCACUCAUACUAUCAGCAUAUUUUUGGUGCUGCUUUUUGAGAAACAUAAUAAGUCCUAUUCCCAUAAUUAUUGUUUAUUAAAUGUAAAAAGUUCUUAGUUGGUAGACAGCCUUAAAGGUAUAGAAUUAAAUAUUCCUUUAUAGCAAAUAGCUAUAAGGAAAAUAUGGUGUUGUAGCUGGUGCUAACUUGAUGCGUGGUAAUGGUUUGAUAUUUUCUUAUUACAAUGAUAUUCACUUGCCACUGUUUUAUGUACACCUGUUCAUAUGACUUGAAAUGUAAAGAUGUGUGUUUGGUGGUCAGAAUCUGUAGAUCCAGACCAUGAUCAACCACCAAAUAGAUUCACAUAUUAGUUUCUAGGGCAGAAGAGGGACUUUGGGGGGAAAAAAAAUUUAAAUUGCAAUUUUCUGUCAGGUGUGUUACAAUUACUAUUAAUCAGGUGAUUUCUUUAAAUAAGAUACUGUACAUAAUUUAUUUGAUGAUUCAAUUUGGAUUUAAAUAUAACCAGGACAUAUUUGCUGCUGAACAAAGCUUAGUUCUCUGCACUGGACAAUACAUCUCAAAGUAUUACUUUUGUAAUUUAAUGACCAUUCAAAUUGUGCUUUUAGUCAAUUGCAAUGAAUCUUGCUUCCCUUAUAGGCGCUCUUGUCUAAACCCAUUUCUUUUCCCAUUUUUAACUAUUAUGUGAGUUGUUGAAUUGUUUACAUUUAAGACCAUUGUAACAGGUAUGCCUAUUAUUGUGGCCAGUGACAUUUUGAAGCCACACUGACUAUUGUGGAGUGCCAAUAUACCACAAUAAAAUUUUAAGAAUUUGUUGAUACAAAACCAAACCAACUUAACCUGCGGAUUUGUAUUUUUGUGGAUUUGACAAAUGACUGUUAAAAGUAUGGAAAUCAGUUGUUUUUCUUGGUUAGCUAUAAAGAGACGAUUGGAUUUGAAUUCUAUUGUUGUACCUCUAGUGGGUACAUUUUUGUGCUUUGCUGGUUUAGUAUUUGAUUGGUGAAUGAUUACUGGUGGUUGAAACAGAGGCUGAUGGGUUGUGUCUUGUGCCUUACAGGUCCUUUAUAAUUAUUUCCUUCACGAUUUAAGGUGCCCUCAAAGUAUUUUUUUUUCCUUUCCUCUUCUGUUCAUUACAUUUGAUCACAUAGGAUACGUAGACAUGUUUGUAUUUUUAUCACAGACAUUAAAAAGUCCUGUGCUGGUCAAUGUUAAUGCAGAAAUCUUGCUGUAAACAGUUUUGUAUAUAAAUAAAAUUGUUACUCAUUUUAA